AGUCACGAAGGUCAUCCGUGAGUCAGGCUGUCGGUCACUCGCGAGUGUUCAUAUUGGAAGUGUUCAGCGAGAGGAAGGUCAGUCGUCUGUACGGAGAAGUGAAGGAUGAAGCUCCAGUUGUCUCUUCUCUGCCUGUGUGCAGUCAUUCUUUCUGCCUUGUGUGAGGAUGAAGUCCUGGGUCCCAGAGGCCCUCGCCCGGUAGAGCAAGGCUUUAAGGCAGAUAAAUGUGCUACAGAGAAAGAAUGGCCGUUCUGCACGGAUGAUGAAUGGGGAAGAAAAUGUCCAUCUGGCUGCAGAAUUCAGGGUCUUCUGGAUCAAACUAACCAUGAGAUCCUCAAAAAGAUCGAUAAGAUCCGCAAACUUCUUGACGAGGGAAAAAAAAUGCACAGAUCUACAGAUUUGGAGUCUAAAAACACCUACAACUACCUGAGAGAGAGACUCGUUUCCAGCACAGGUAAUGAUAACAGAUACGCAUCUCUGGCUGAACAGCUGAGGCAGAGGAUUGUUGAUCUGAAGAUAAAGAUUGACCGUCAGCUGAGACUGCUGGACGAAGUUAAAGCUCAAAUCAAAACACAGUUCCUCAAUAUUCAGCGGCUGGAGGUUGACAUUGACAUCAAGCUACGCAGCUGUAAAGGUUCCUGUGCCAGCUAUGUGACCUACUCUUUGGAUAAGGACAGCUACAACACUCUGGAAAAGCAGCUGGACCGCCUAGAUACCUUGAAGGUCCAGACUGUGGAGACUGUCAGCUCUCUGAAGGUACUAAAGAGCCGGGUACUGAAGGAUGUAGUCGUGCCGUCCAUCUACAAGUCUGGAACCAGUGAAGCAGAAAGAGCUGGACAGAAGAAGGCCUUCUUCACUGAUGUUGGCCAGCUUCAGCUCUCCCUGGAGGCUGAGGGCUCCACAGCGGAAACGGCUGCCACCGUCAGCAAAGUCAGCACAGGUACGGCCCAAACCACACCCAUCUCCACCUCACAGGUCAGCACUCAAACUGUCAGCUGCACCCAGACCAUCCGCAAAAUAACGACGCACACCAAAGAAGGCAUUAAGGAAAGGUACGAAACGAUCAACACUGGGCCAGGCUGUGACAGCAUCGGAAAACUGGGCAUUUCUGAAGCAGAGCUCCUGAGUGCAGCUAAAGAUGGUAAAGAGCUGACUGCCGAUGGCUUAACGGUAAAACUAUCUGGUGGAGAUUCAAAAUCCAUCACCACACUCAGCCGUGGUGAUGCAGACCUUUCUGGGUUUGACAGAGACUUCUUUACGGGACUGGGUUCUAACAGUCAGGACCGUAAGGUCACCACAUCCUUCAGUUCUUCCUCAUCCUCUUCCUCUUCCUCUUCCUCCACCUCCAAAUCCAUCCUUACAGGCGGGAGCAAAGGUUUUCACUCGAACACUAAGACCGUCCCGGCACCUUCUUCACAUGGUUUUGACCUUGGGGAUUUCACAGGUGGUGAGAUAGACGACGAUGUUCCUGACCUACAUGCUCGCAGUUUGAAGUCCAGUGACGAUCGCAAAGAUGAUUUAAUUGGCUUAGAUUGUGUUGAUAUCCAGCAGAAGCACAAGGCGGGCGGUCAGAGCGGCCUGUUCAGUGUAAAGCCGGCCGACUCGGAGGAGGUAGUGGAGGUUUACUGUGACCAGGCCACAGGUUUGGGGGGCUGGGUUCUGAUCCAGCAGAGGGAGGAUGGGUCUGUUAACUUCAACCGCACUUGGGACGAGUAUCGGGCCGGGUUCGGGAAGGUAGACAAGCGUGGAAAGGGUGAGAUUUGGAUCGGGAACAACGUCUUACAUCUCCUUACUCAGAAAGAAAGCGUUCUGAGAGUGGAGCUGUUGGACUGGGCAGGAAACGAGGUGCAUGCCGAAUACUACAUCCAAGUGGGCUCAGAGGCAGAGGGGUUCCCGCUAAACGUGUCGUCUUACUCAGGGGACGCGGGGGAUGCUCUGGUGCAGGGGCUAGCUAACAUGGGGUCCUUCCUUUCACAUGCUGGGAUGAAGUUUAGCACUUUUGACAAAGAUAACGACAAGUGGGAGGAGAACUGUGCUGAGAUCUAUGGGGGCGGUUGGUGGUACAAUAACUGCCAGUCUGCCAACCUUAAUGGGAUUUACUACAAGGAGGGGAAGUACGAUCCUGCUAGCAAAGUUCCCUAUGAGGUAGAGAAUGGAGUCGUGUGGCUGCCUUUUAAACCGGCCGAUUAUUCCCUUAAAGUGGUCAGAAUGAAGAUUAGACCUCUCUGAAUUCAGUGGUCAGUUCUGCGUGUUGUGUUCAGGACCAUGUGAAAUACUGCACAAUUAACUGAUGUGAUGUUUUCAAUAAUAAUAAUAAUAAAAAAAUGUGUUCACUUUA